CGGAAGUGUUUAAGAACGCCUACAUUCAGUCAUAAUGAACAGCUCAAAGGUGCUGAUAAUUCUGGUACUAUUCGCUGUGGCGGUAAGAGGCUUCAACCUAAACUUCAUUCCCGGUGGUUCCGAAUUUGUAAAUUUAUUAAAUACAGAAAGUAAUAAUAUAGUCAAGUUCAGAUCAACACGAGACACUGACAACGGAGUUGAUACUAAUGCACAGUUAUGUUGUAAUGAAAUGAAGCCUUCAGUUGAAGAAUUGGAACAAAAUAAGACAGAAUGCAGGAAUAAUAUCAGUUUAAGUUUUGGAAUUAGAGCUACAGAAUCUUACCUGACUUCGCACAUGGAUUCGAAUGAGACAGCCUGUUAUGCUGAAUGUCUCCUUCGCAGAAGCCAAUUGCUAGACUCUGAUGGUCAGAUAAUUAUGAAAGAAGCUAUUCGAUUAUUAAAACUGUUUGGGAUCAAUAAUCAAACAACGCUGGACAAAAUAUCGACAAGAUGUGUUAUUUCCCAUGAAGGAAAUUCCGACGCGCCUGGAGAAAUACAUGUGUGUAACACGACAUCUAAACACUUUUUAUUGUGUGCACAAAGAACAAGGAACAUGAAUUGUCCGAUGGAGAACCGGGUACAAACUGAUUCAUGUCGAAGAUUUUGGGAGAAAAUGAAGGAAAAUAAUCAAUGAUGAACAUUCCGGAGGACACAACAUUACGAACAAAGAGCUUUAUACGAGGAAACAGCACACUCGAUUUCAAAGAUGUCACAAAUAAUAAGGGUUAUGGACAUAAGUGUAAUUAUUCUCAAAUAAAAUAUAUGCACAGAUAAUUAAAGCAUA